GGUCCCCAACACCAUGUGAAGACAUGUUUGAACGUCUCCAAGAUUCUCCUGAGCGAACCUCUCCAGUAAGUCUAGAUUGCAGCACGGCUGCCUCCAAAGGCAUUGCAUCUUCCCAUAGUCUUUCAACAAAGAGCCUCCAGAAACUCUCUAGUCAUGAGUUCCAAACCAAAGCUGAGAAAGGAGUGAGUGAGGUCCUCUCUAGAUCAUUUAACAUUGUGGAGGAAGGUACAACAGAUCAGUCUGUAUCUACAUCCACCACAUCUACUGAUAUUAUACAAACCAUGGUGAAGGACCAGCAGGAGCUCACCCAGACCACCCAUUCAUCUGACAUGGUAUCUGGAAUCUCCCUGCUCACCACUGGACAGGUUUCUGAGAAAAGGAUCUGGUCUGUUGCUCGUAACAUCUACCACARUCUGCAAAGUAAGAUUAAGCAGAUUAUCAGAAAAGAUCUUCAAAGAUCAGACACAACUUUUGAUUCAAUCAAAAUGUUUACAUAUCAAAGCAGUUCUGCAUCACUGAGAGCUAAUCUCGGCCAUCUUGAGGUCAACCAGAGCAGUGUUACACCUGGUGGAAAAGAUGCCUGUGUGGACAUUCCGCAUAAAUUACUACCUAAAACCACUGAGCUCUCAGGAUCCAUGCUGGAGGAUAUUGGCAUGAUCCGCUGUAGGAGUGCUGCCAGCCAAAAGACAAGAAAGCCCUCUUCUUCACGCUCCUCCAUCUCUCCAACACCUACUUCAAAAUCAAGGCAGUCGCAAUGGCACUUUGCUUUACCCGGGACUCCCAUACCCACUGAGUUUCCUGCUCAGAUUGCCUUUCCCAUUGUAAGAAACACAAUCAUUGAGGACUUCAUUCACACAGAGGACUUACUUCCUCUAACCUUUGUUAACAAAGUUAGGCAAGCUGCUGGGGUGGUAGUGAACAUUAUGGUGGAAAGUGUUGAGAACACACAGGAAAAUGGACAGGGUGCUUCUCAUCUUGACGACCUCCGUUCUGCUGUUAGGAAAUUGAGAAAAAUAAUUUCCACUUGGACCAUCCACAUUUUCAGUCAUGAAUUGGUGGAUAAAGUGAUAGCCAUUCAGGACAGCCACAGCACUCCACAUGUCUUAACAUUGGAAGCAGCCAAAAGUGUUUCAGACUCCAUUCUUUCAAGGCUGAAAUGGGGAAAGGAACAUUGUGCCAUAUCCAAGAAGCUCUCCUCCCAUCUUCUCCAGAUAUUUGCUGAAGAGAUAGUGAAGGGCUUCCUAAAACAGUGGUCAGAUGAGUAUGAAAAUAUAAACUUUGAUGUUUCAGUCCAGAACGAUCCAAAGACUUCUACUUGUAUGGUCAUUCUUCAAAUGAUCACCAAAGCCACUGCUAAAUGUUAUUUUGAGUCCACUAACCACGUGCCACCGUGACAUUGUAGAUGGCGUGUUUGAUUGGCAAGGGAUACCAUCAGCAGUACUGGAGAGCAGGUCCUCACCUUUACACAAAGGGUUCCAAGAAAGUUAGUAAGAACCUCUGUCCUCAGAGUCUUUGGAGUACCAGCCUCAGAACACUUCCCCUACUGUGUACUUUACAGAGUCGAUGACAAAUUCUCAUGGCUCCUUUGCUCCAGAGGGAAAUUAUGAUAUUGAUCGUCCUUCCCACUUGAAGAGAAGAGUCGCAAACCUCCCUUUUCACCAGAUUUGUAGAGCCAUCACGAAAGGCUUUUCCAGCCCUUCAAAUCUUCAAGGAAAAGCAAUUAUUUAAUUAAAUUCCUCAUUAAAACAACAAGAGCAUUCAUUUGUUCAAAUCAAAAUGAAUCGUAUUGGUCACAUACGCGAAAACAACAGGUGUAGACUUUACUGUGAGA